AUUGCUGUUUCUUAUCCAACGACUGUAUUAAAAGUUGAAAGGAAAGGAGAGCGACUUUUAAAAGAAUGGUCGAUUCGAUUGAUACAUUGUUUAGUCCAUUUUCAUUAAAGCAAGAAAAUGAAAAAUCGGCAUUACAUGGUCCCGCUAAACGUUGUAAAACGAGUUCCGAUGCAACAAGUGCCACAUUAGCUCCUUUAGUGGAAGAAGACAAUUAUCAGGAUGUUCUCAUUGAAACAUAUGAUAGUGAUAUUAAUUGUUCACAUGAUUGUGUACGACCUUUACCUAAAAAUGAUAAAGAAAUACCUAAUGUGACUUCUACUAAAGCAUCUCCUGCUAUGGAGUUUCCUUAUGAAUUAGAUCUGUUUCAAAAAAAAGCUAUUCAAUGCUUAGAAAAAGGUGAAUCCGUUUUAGUCUCUGCCCAUACAUCCGCAGGUAAAACGACUGUAGCUGAGUAUGCUAUCGCUAUGAGUUUACGAGAUAAUCAACGGGUGAUUUAUACAUCUCCUAUUAAAGCUUUAUCAAAUCAAAAAUUUCGCGAUUUAUCCAAUGUAUACGGAAAAGAAGUUGGUCUUUUAACGGGUGAUGUUUCUUUGAAUCCUUCAGCCUCUAUUGUAGUGAUGACGACUGAAAUUUUAAGAAGUAUGCUUUAUAGAGGUUCUAAAAUGAUACGCGAAAUUAAAUGGGUUAUUUUUGAUGAAAUCCAUUAUAUGCGUGAUAGAGAUCGCGGUGUCGUUUGGGAAGAAACUAUCAUUUUAUUACCAGACACUGUUCGUUUAAUAUUCUUAUCAGCAACAAUUCCUAAUGCACGGGAAUUUAUUGAAUGGAUUUGUCGUAUUAAAAAUCAACCUUGCCAUGCUAUUUACACGGAUUACCGUCCAGUUCCUUUACAACAUUAUUUAUUUCCUCUAGGUGGUGAAUGUAUUUAUCUUGUGAUGGAUGAAAAAAAAAUAUUUAAUGAAGAUCAAUUUUAUAAAGCUGCUUCGGACAUUAAACGUGUUCAUGAUACAAUCCAUACGGAAACAAAUUUAAAAAAACAUAAUAAACCAAAAUCAGAUAUUGAACGGAUCAUUUUAAUGUGUCAUGAAAAAUGUUACACACCUUUAAUAAUUUUUGCUUUCUCUCGUCGCGAAGUCGAAGCUAAUGCACUCAAAUUAAAAGAUAUUUCCUUAACAACACAAGACGAAGAGGAAUUGAUUGAAAAAGUUUUUAAUAACGCUAUGGAUACAUUAGGUGAUGAUCGUUCACUUCCACAAAUUACAUGUAUUCUUCCGUUAUUGAAAAAAGGUAUAGGACUUCAUCAUGGUGGACUAUUACCGAUUGUGAAGGAAGUUAUUGAAAUAUUAUUUCAGGAAUCUCUUAUUAAGGUUUUAUUUAGUACAGAAACGUUUUCUAUGGGAGUCAAUAUGCCGGCUAAAACUGUUAUCUUCACAAAGCUUCGAAAGUUUGAUGGAUGCGCGUUUAGAAUGAUCUCCCCAGGUGAAUACAUUCAAAUGAGUGGUCGAGCUGGAAGAAGGGGUCUCGAUACACAAGGUAUUUGCAUCAUUAUGUUGGAUGAACAAUUAGAAGCUGAUGUUGCUAAGGAACUGUUUAUGGGAAAACCCUUGCGUAUCGAUUCUCAAUUUCAUUUAUCUUAUAAUAUGGUUUUAAAUCUUUUACGCGUUGAGGGAGCCACACCUGAACACAUUAUCGCCUUAAGCUUUUUUCAAUUCCAAAAAAAUAAAUCUAUGGAUGCUUUACUAGAAAAAAAGAAAAUAUUGCAAAAACAAUUAAGUGAAUGUGAAGAAAUCACAAAUGAUUAUUGCCAACAAGCAAAAAAUGAUUUUCCUAAUGAUUUUCAAUUGCAUUUGCUAACUGCCAAUUAUUAUAGAUUACAACAUUCCAUCGAAACUUUGAAAAAAAAAUUACAUAACAUUAUUAUGCAACCAAAACAUAUUUUAAGAUUUCUCCAAGUUGGUCGGGUUAUUCGAGUGAAUGAUUCAAAAAAAAAAGAUUUGGGAUACGGGAUUUUAACUCAGCCCGCUUUGAAAGCCUCUUCGCAAAGUUUGGAUACCAAGGACAGUAUCGAUGUUUCAAGGGAUGCUUCUCAAACUCAUACAUCCGAUGCCUCUCAAUUUGUAGUGUCUGUUCUUGUGAAAUCGGUCACUUUACAAGAGGAAACGUCUUGGACUAUUGUGAAAUGCUCUCUUGAAAAUAUACGAGAAAUCACUCAGGUUGUUGCUAAUGUUCCGAAAAGAGUUACGUUGAGUAAUGAAACCAUUAACGCUAUGGGUUCCAUUUUAACUGAAAUCACAACACAGCUUCAAAAUGUUUUUCCUCUUUUAAAUCCUAAUGUUCAUAUGAAAAUAUCGGAUCCAGCUUUAGAGAUUCUUCAAAAAGAAAUUGAGGAAAAAACUAAACAACUUGAAAUGAAUCCAAUUCACCCGACAAAACAUUUACCUAUUUUAAUCUCUCAAUUUGAAGAAAAACUUUCAUUAACAACAGACAUUAAAGAUCUCGAGAGGACAUUGGAAUUAGAAAAACAGUUAGUUAUGAAAGACGACUUACGCGCAAUGCGUCGCGUUUUAAAAAGUCUUGAUUAUAUUGAUGAAAAGAAUCUUGUUUCCGUAAAAGGACGCGCGGCUUGCGAAGUCUCUUCUGUCGAUGAACUUGUUUUAUGCGAAUUGUUAUUUCAAAACGCUUUCCAUAAAAUUCAGACAAAUUACUUAGUCGCCUUACUUAGUUGCUUUGUAUUUGACGAAAAGAGUGAUGAAAAUAUGCCUAAUGAUCCUAAAUUACUUGAAGCUUACCAACGUUUACGCGAUGUGUCCCAACGCGUAGCGGAAGUCUCAAUUAAUGCUCGUUUGCCAGUAGUAUUAAACGACUAUGUCAAUAAAUUUAAACCUACGAUUAUGGAUUUAACACUUAAAUGGAUGCAAGGAGCUAAAUUUUGUGAAUUAGGGAUUCCUGAAAAUAUGUUUGAAGGGGCUAUUGUUCGUUCGUUUCGACGUUUAGAAGAAUUAUUACGGCAACUCAUGGCUGCAGCUAAAACUAUUGAAGAAACCGAUUUAGAGUCUAGAUUGUGCGACGCUGUUAAAACGAUACGUCGUGGUAUUCCUUUCGCACCGUCUUUAUAUAUUUAAGGAACUUUAUCCACCAAGUCAAACAUAAUGUCUUGAAACUUUUUGAAUCAACGUUUCCUUCUUUCUAGGCCUUCUCAAGUUUAUUCUCUUUAAUCUUAAUAUGUAAAACAAUGUUUUAAAAAGGAUCCUAUCCUUUACUUAAUUUUACUUAUACUAGUGUGAUUUAAAAACAUUAUUAUUUUUUUUUGUUAAAGUAUGAUGAAUUAAAAAAAUUAAGUCUUCGUUGUUUAACUCUUUUAAAAAUAUUAAAA